AUGUCUCCGAACCACAAGCUGCUGGUGAAAAACGCCAAGCAGGUGGUGUUGAUCUGCAGCAACGGGGAGAAGUACCUGACCAAGGCGGACAUGCAGAGUGUGAGCGUGGUGGAGAACGGCAGCGUGGUGAUCGGGAGCGACGGGCGCAUCAAAGCCGUGGGCCCUGCAGAAACCAUCGGCGCUCAGUUCUCAGAGGCGUCUUUCGAUAAAGUCAUCGACGCCACGGGGAUGUGCGUCCUGCCAGGGCUGGUUGACGCUCACACUCACCCGGUGUGGUCUGGAGACAGAGUCCACGAGUUCUCCAUGAAGCUGGCGGGGGCCUCGUACAUGGACGUGCACCGGGCCGGCGGCGGCAUCCACUUCACGGUGGAGCACACCCGGGCCGCGGCGGCGUCCGAGCUGCUGGCGGCGCUCUGCGGCCGGCUGCUGCGGAUGCAGCGCGCCGGCACCACGCUGGUGGAGUGUAAGAGCGGCUACGGCCUGGAGCUUCACACCGAGCUCAAGAUGCUGCAGGUGAUCGAGGAGGCGCGCAGGACGCUGCCCAUCAACAUCUCCUCCACCUACUGCGGAGCGCACGCCGUGCCCAGAGGGAAGACGGUCGCAGAGGCCACUCGGGACGUCCUGCAGGUCCAGCUGCCGCGGCUGCAGGCCGAGAUGUCCUCGGGCCGCCUGAGCGUGGACAACAUCGACGUGUUCUGUGAGCGGGGGGUGUUCGACCUGGACUCCACCCGCUCCAUCCUGCAGGCCGGGAAGCUCAUGGGCCUCAACAUCAACUUCCACGGAGACGAGCUGCACCCCAUGAACGCUGCUCAGCUGGGAGCCGAGCUGGGGGCGCUGGCCAUCAGCCACCUGGAGGAGGUGACGGACGAGGGCAUCGCCGCCAUGGCGAGGGCCAAGACUGCAGCCGUCCUGCUGCCGACCACAGCCUACAUCCUGCGGCUGCCUCAGCCUCGAGCCAGAGCCAUGCUGGACGCCGGAGUGGUCGUGGCGCUCGGCAGCGACUUCAACCCAAACGCUUACUGUUGCUCCAUGCCCCUCGUCAUGCACCUGGCCUGCGUCAACAUGCGGAUGUCGAUGAGCGAGGCGCUGGCGGCCGCCACCAUCAACGCCGCCUACGCGCUGGGACGCUCGCACACACACGGAUCUGUGGAGGUCAACAAGCAGGGAGACCUGCUGCUGCUGCAGGCCCCACGAUGGGAGCAUCUGAUCUACCAGCUGGGAGGACACCAGGAGAUCAUCCGCUACGUCGUCAUCGGGGGAAACGUCGUCUACGACAACGACAAGACCCUCGACCUUUGACCUCCAGUGUGAAGCAACUAAAGGGAAAGUCCAAAUGAGUGCAGAGUGCUGUGUCUUUAUUCAACAUGUCAGUACAGCACAGAUCCACAGGUAUGGCUCUGAAGAACACACUGAGAACCACUACAACUAUUCACAACAGGAAGCGAGUGCAGACAUGAGUGGCACACACCAUAAAUGAUCAUUUUACUAAAAAAGUGAUUGAUAGAUAUAGAUAUAGAUAUAUAUGUAUUAAGAGC